UUCUCCGUUAAUAUAUACACACUCUCGUCUCCGUUUGUUCACUUUAGUUUUCUCGAGAAAUCCUCUGAAUCUGCAAAUCGAUUUCCUCCGGAGAAUGCGAUCGGAGCUCGGAAACUGAGGAAGUGCGGCUCUAAUCUCGUUGUUUUAGUUAACGAUAGGAAAAUGAGGAAGAAGAUGUGUACCGUGUUAGUGUUGCUCUUGUCAUUGCUCUCUGUACUCUUUGUACCAUCGGAAUCAGCUGUUGCAAGCGUAGAUCUAGGUUCAGAAUGGGUGAAAGUCGCCGUAGUUAACAUCAAACGAGGGCAGAGUCCGAUCUCUGUAGCCAUCAACGAGAUGUCCAAGAGGAAAUCCCCAAGCUUAGUUGCCUUCCACUCCGGUGACAGGUUGCUAGGCGAGGAAGCUGCAGGGAUCACGGCUCGUUACCCUAAUAAAGUUUAUUCACAGCUUAGAGACAUGGUUGGGAAGCCUUUUAAGCAUGUCAAGGAUUUUAUUGACUCUGUGUACUUGCCGUUUGAUAUCGUUGAAGAUUCUAGAGGCGCGGUUGGUGUAAAGAUUGAUGAUGGGACGACUGUUUACUCGGUGGAGGAGUUGUUGGCUAUGAUCUUGGGGUAUGGGUCUGACCUGGCUGAGUUCCAUGCGAAGAUCCCGGUGAAGGAUAUGGUUGUUUCGAUUCCACCUUACUUUGGGCAGGCGGAGAGGCGGGGUUUGAUCCAGGCUUCUCAGUUGGCUGGGGUUAAUGUUCUGUCCCUGGUUCAUGAGCAUUCCGGUGCAGCUUUGCAGUAUGGGAUUGAUAAGGAUUUCGCGAAUGGGUCGAGACAUGUUAUAUUUUAUGACAUGGGUUCGAGUAGUACUUAUGCUGCCCUUGUCUAUUACUCUGCUUACAAUGAGAAGGAGUUUGGCAAGACUGUUUCUGUCAACCAAUUUCAGGUCAAGGAUGUUAGAUGGGACUCGGGACUUGGAGGACAGAGUAUGGAGAUGCGCUUGGUAGAGUACUUUGCAGAUGAGUUUAACAAACAGCUCAGUAAUGGAGUUGAUGUGAGGAAGUUCCCUAAAGCAAUGGCUAAAUUAAAGAAACAAGUCAAACGUACAAAGGAAAUUUUGAGUGCAAACACUGGGGCUCCAAUAUCAGUUGAAUCUCUCCAUGAUGAUCGUGAUUUCAGGAGCACAAUUUCCCGUGAGAAGUUUGAGGAACUCUGUAAAGAUCUUUGGGAAAGGUCUCUUACACCUUUAAAAGAUAUUCUCAUGCAUUCAGGUUUGAAGAUGGAUGAUAUAUAUGCAGUAGAGCUAAUAGGAGGAGCUACUAGAGUCCCCAAACUACAGAGCACGAUCCAGGAAUUUAUUGGGAAGCAAGAUUUAGACAAACAUCUGGAUGCUGAUGAGGCUAUUGUCCUCGGCUCAGCACUACAUGCUGCUAACUUGAGCGAUGGAAUCAAAUUGAAACGUAGGCUAGGUAUAGUUGAUGGUUCCCCAUAUGGAUUUCUAGUUGAGAUGGAAGGUCCUAAUGUCAAGAAAGAUGAGAGCACAAAGCAACAACUCGUACCACGGAUGAAAAAGCUACCCAGCAAGAUGUUCAGAACAUUUGUCCUUGACAAAGAUUUUGACGUGUCACUUGCUUAUGAGUCCGAGGAUAUCCUACCCCCAGGAAUUACCUCCCCUGUGUUUGCGCAGUAUUCUGUUUCUGGUUUGACGGAUGCAACUGAGAAAUAUUCUUCCCGGAAUCUGUCAGCACCUAUCAAGGCAAAUCUGCAUUUCUCUCUAAGUAGAAGUGGGAUUCUCAGUCUAGAUCGGGGAGACGCUGUCAUUGAAAUCACAGAAUGGGUAGAAGUUCCAAAGAAGAACGUGACUAUCGAGAGUAACACAACCUCAACAACAGGCAAUGCCUCUACUGGAGCUGCCUCUGACGAGAAUUCACAAGAAAAUAAAGAGGAACUACAAGCUGAUGCUGGAAACAGCACUGCUGAAGAACCAGUUGUGGUAGACCUGGGGACAGAAAAAAAGCUGAAAAAGCGGACAUUUAGGAUUCCUCUGAAGGUAGUUGAGAAAACUGUUGGACCUGGAGCACCUUUUACGAAAGAGUCUCUUGCUGAAGCUAAGACAAAAUUAGAAGCCUUGGACAAGAAAGAUAAGGAAAGAAGAAGAACGGCCGAGUUAAAGAACAAUCUUGAAUCUUAUAUAUAUGCUACCAAAGAGAAGCUAGAAACACCUGAAUUUGAAAAGAUUUCCACCCAAGAAGAGCGCAAGGCGUUUGUUGAGAAGCUUGAUGAGGUGCAAGAUUGGCUUUACAUGGACGGUGAGGAUGCUAAUGCCACAGAGUUUCAGGAGCGACUUGACUCACUAAAAGCCAUUGGCAGUCCCAUAUCUUUGCGAUCGGAUGAGCUUACAGCACGACCCGUAGCAGUUGAAUACGCUCAAAAAUACCUAACCGAAGUGAAGGAGAUCAUAAAAGAGUGGGAGACGAACAAAACUUGGCUUCCAAAAGAAAAAAUCAACGAGGUCUCAAAGGAAGCAGAGAAAGUAAAAAGCUGGUUGGAGAAGAAUGAAGCUGAGCAGAAAAAGACUUCUCUGUGGAGCAAGCCAGUGUUCACGUCAGAUGAAGUGUACGCCAAAGUAUUUACUAUGCAAGACAAGGUGACGAAGGUGAAUAGGAUUCCAAAGCCGAAGCCAAAGAUAGAGAAACCAACAAAGAAGGAGAAUACAACGGAGGAAAAAUCAAAAGGCUCAGAAGACUCCACCAAUUCUACUGAAUCUGAAGCUGCCGCCAAAGAAGAAGAGGGCCACGACGAGCUUUGAUUAACAUUAAAUACAUAAUAAUAGAGUUUUUCAUUGAGCUUAACUUUUGUGUGUUUUAGUGUCAAAUAGAGGGUUGGUUAGUAAAAGCCAAGCUGAACUGAGCUGAGCAAAAGGAUUUGAUUCCUUUCUCAACUUCUUUCAUCAUAUCAAGUUUUGGUCUCUUUUAUCUUCUUUCAAUUGAAACCUUAAAAAUAGUUGGGCUUUAUUAUUCACAAAGCAGAGAGCAACUUUAAGUA